UACAAUUCUACCAACAAUUCUGCGUGAGAGAGCAGCAGUCAGCUGCUGAGCGUAAGGCAGGGGUCACCAGAGAUCAAUCACAGCCAUCAAUGGCUGGUCUAGUCGAGACUAAUAAUCGUAGCACACCGAAUCCUUCUCCGCCAUCUCCGCCGGCAGGAGCUCCUUGUCAGUUCACUACCUUUAAAUCCUCCCCUACUGGGUUUCAUGAGAUAACCGGUUCAGUCACUCCGGAUCCUACCAAGUCUCUUGAUUUGUCGACACUCACAUUGGGACAUCGCGAAAUAUCCCGUAACACUACAGACAUAACGAACUCUGCCAGAUCGAGGAAUUAUUACCAAGGUAUGGUACAACCAAGGGAUGCGAGUCCUAAUAGGGAACCUCGUCACUUGGACAAGCAGAGCUAUUUUUUUCAUGGGCAUAAAACUGAGAAAGACGUAGACCAUCCGGAUGUUCUGGUUUAUGGGGCAGACGUGCCUGCUACUAGCAGAAGCUUCCUCGUCGAGACUAUACGUAGUCAGGAAAAAGAAUCAUCGGAAUAUCGCGGAGACACUGCAGAGAACGUCGAGUUCUUGGAGAAGGAAGGUGAAAUAUUUCGCAAAAGUAGCACGGAGUUUCUCCAGGACUCCAAUCCAAGUCGCAAGAGGAACUUUUCGUUUCGAAGCAAGGAAAAAACGCACAGAAGUCUAGAGUCCCUGGAGAGGAGUGUGGACUUUCUGGGUGUUGACGCACGGAGCCUCGACCUUCUUCCAGAGGACAGACCGAAGAAUAUAUUUCAUGGAAAGCAGCGUAGCUUGGAUUCCUCGCAGAAAUCUAAGAAAUCCAAUGACUCCCUGAACAAGGCUAGAAAACGACUUGGAUUCUUCCAGAGGAUGGGACGUAAUUUGCACUUCAUUGGAAGGAACCGUAACGAACCACGCUCUCAGGAUUUUUUGAGAUCUAACGAAGAUCGUCCUAGCACUGGUGGCGACUAUUUGCAGACGGGACAAGAGAAGUGCGAGUAUUUUUUACAGAGGCACAGAAAGGACCUGAAUUUUUUUGAGUGCGCUCCCGACCACCCUCCGAACGGUCGCGGCCAGGGCGAGUCGGAUAGCUUCCAUGAGCGCGACAAUAGAAAUCACCAGAAGGUCCACGCCGAUGUCGCGCCGCCAUUUCGUGUGGCGGAAAGCGUCCAACGGGAGCCUAAUCGACCGGAUGUAAAAACUCAGGAAGGAUCAACACCAAAGGACAAUUCUACACUUGUACCAGCAGAGGACCAAAAAUCAAGGAGGCCGGACGACGAUCAUCUGUCAAAUCCCGAAUCAGAAAUUGGUUUCUUGGGACGGGAGGCUAGUCUGGCCACUCAGGAGACAACUAGCGGCAACAAGGACAGCCUUGAAAUAGGCUAUUCCAUAAGUCAACUAGGCAGACUUCAUACCCAGAGUCUUCGAGCAUCAAAUCAACAACCGGAUGGUCUUCCCUAUGUGGAUAUCAUUGAUUUUGAUAAGAGAGAACAUUAUCUGAACUGGAUCGCAAGAGCGGAUCUAGAUGCUCUUAGUCGCGGCACAAAUUCAAGUGACUCCCUUGGUAACGCCAAACCGCAGGGUAACCUCGAUAUUUUAAAAGGGAUCCUUCUGGAUUUAUUUGUGUGCAUCUGCAUUUGAGUUGCAUCACAUUCAUUUUAUAUUUCCACUCUUUUUUUUUUUUUUUUUUUUUUUUACGUUUUUGUGCAAACGCACAACGACGCAUGCACAUGCGGACGAGGAUCUUGCGAUGUCUCGAAAAGUUUCAUCAGAUCAACACGUUCCUUAUCCACUCCUUCGUCGUACCAUUGGGUAGAAAUAGAUCUCGUAUGGCAUCCUGUUUUUUUAAUAUAUACAUACAUAUAUAUAUACAUUUACAUUGUAUGGCAUUUAGAUGAUUUUCUUACCGGAUACAUAACCUAUUGUUUUUUUUUGUAUUCUUUUUUUU